GUUUAAAUAACAUGGCUGCUGAUGUACACAGUUGUUGGCAUAAUUUAUCACGUUGGCUUGAAGAUGGUCCAAGAAAUGAUUUCCCAUCAUUAUGUGUUCCAUUUAAUGAACCUCAUGGAAAUUCAUCUGAUAAGAUUGGAUUACGAAAUGCAACUGAUUUUGAUAAAUUCUUUCGUACAUAUUCAUAUGAAUUAUUGACUGCAAGUGGAUAUGCUUUGAGUCAUCAUAAAGAUAAACAUGGCAUAACUCAUUAUAAAAUAUAUCGGAAACCAAGAUACUUUUCGGAAUCUUCCGAGGAGAGUUCAGAAGAUAGUGAUAGAUUUAAUCAAAUAUUUCAUGACGUUACUUCUUCUCCAAAUGGCUCCCCAAACGCAUAUAUUCAAAUUUCAUCGUCACGAUGGGAGAAUCAACAUCAUUUAACAUCCAUAUUUAUUUUAUAUGGCAAAUCAACAUUACGACCAUCACCUACAAUAACAAACGUUCUCGAACUCUCUGAUCAAAUCUUGUAUGCAAUUGACCCUCUUCCUCAGUCCCGAUUCGGUUGGUCUUUGGCUGUAGUAGAUUUAAAUUCAGAUGGAGUAGAUGAUUUAGCAAUCAGUGCUCCUUCAUUUAGUUCUAACCGAUUUAUAUCUGGAACCGGAAAAGUUUAUGUGUAUUUUGGACGUGCAGAACCUAGUGGAAUAUCAAAAUUAUUAAAAACAUAUGAAAUUGGAUUGUCUCAUUAUCCAGAUUUAGAGAUUUCAACAGAUGCUAAAACAACAAAUAAUGAUUGGAGGAUUGAUCAAAUGGGUCAAGUCUUAGCUUCCGGAGAUGUUGAUAAUGAUGGAUUUAGAGAUUUAUUGAUUGGGUGUCCGUAUUGUGGACCUCACAAUCGAUCAAAGACUAUAUUCGAUAGUGAUUGGUCAUUGCAAAGUCCAAGUGGUCAAACUUAUGAAUGGUUUGGAGCAGCUAUCAGCGUUCAUCAUAGGAAACAAACAAACAAUACAAUAAUAAUUGUUGGUGCGCCAGGUUAUAAUAAUGAAUUAAAAACACAGUGGGCUGGUCGUAUUUAUGGAUUUGAAAUAAAAGACGAUGAUAAAAUGAAUCCUUUGAAAAUAUUUGAUCUGAGUGGAACCGAAGAGUUUCAAGGGAUUGGAAGUUCAAUAAUUGCCGCUGAUUUUCUUCAAGAUGUUGGCGAUUUUUUGAUUGUCUCUUCUCAAUCCGAGCUAUGGCAAGCCGGUGCCGUUCGUGUGAUAAAUAUGGAAUAUCUAAAAGAAGGAACUUUAUUAUCUGAUGACUAUAUGAGUGUUGGAAAUGGAUUGUUGUCGCUAUUGCGAGGAACUGAGAGUGCAUCUCAUUUUGGAAGUGCGGUAUAUUGGGAUGACAUUAACAAUUCGCUUUGGAUUUCUGAACCAUUUGCUUCUUGGGAUGCUCCAAAUUAUCAAACACUUCAAAAGAACAUUCCAAAUAUUGAAACUUUUAAAUUAGCAGAAGUAUGUAUGAAAAGUAGAGAACCAAGAGCCAGACUUGGAAAUAAAAUUAUAAAAUUUGAUUUUAAUGGUGACGGAAAAAGAGAUUUAGUUAUUGCUUCGGAACAUAGCA